AGCCGUGAGAGAAACCAAAUUGAACUGAAAGAGAGUGAGCCUAGUGAGUGAGCACAAACAUGUCUGCCUCUGUCAUGGCGUCUUUGGUUCUGCUGAAACCAUCUCCCUCUCCACUGUUAGGACGAGCGAAGCUCCGGGGUGUGCGACCAUCGGCGAGGCCAUCGCUGCUCAUAGUAGCCAGCAAGAAGGCGAAGAAGGUCCAGACUGCCCAACCCUACGGGCCUGGUGGUGGAGUGGUGUUCAAGGAAGGCGUCGAUGCGUCCGGAAGGGCGGCCAAGGGGAAGGGUGUUUACCAGUUUGCCGACAAGUAUGGAGCAAACGUUGAUGGGUACAGCCCGAUAUAUACACCAGAAGAAUGGUCUCCAAGUGGUGACGUUUAUGUUGGAGGAAGGACAGGGCUGUUUCUCUGGGCAGUCACUCUUUCUGGAAUUCUGUUGGGUGGUGCUCUUCUUGUCUACAAUACUAGUGCCUUGGCUUCUUGAAGCCUGUGCGGCAUACCAAAAUAUGCACCAGCGAUGUGUAUUGUACGGGUUACAACCGUAACGACAUAUGUAACUGAAUGUAAAUACCAGUACCCGCAGUCAAUAAUACCGACAAUUAAUUACUAAUGUUCUCCUGUAAGCAGCAUGGUGCAAGCAUGAUUAAGUUUUCAGUGCAA